AAGCUCUUCCCUUUUCCUUAGAAAAUAUAUGUUAAAUUAAAUUUUUUGUCUUUGAAUCGAAUUGUCGAUUGAAAAAAAAAAUUACACUUUGAAAUUAUUAGAGCAAAAAAUGGCUUCUUCUAGUCCUCGCACCGUUGAAGAGAUCUUCAAAGACUAUAACGCUCGACGCUCACAUACGGUAAAUUUCCCCUCUUUCUAUGUAGACGAUUUCUACUCGCAAUGUGAUCCAGAUAAGGAGAAUUUGUGUUUGUAUGGAUACCCAAAUGAGGCAUGGGAGGUAGCUUUACCAGCAGAGGAAGUCCCAUCAGAGCUCCCCGAGCCAGCUUUGGGUAUUAAUUUUGCUAGAGAUGGGAUGAAUCGUAAAGACUGGCUUUCACUGGUUGCUGUACAUAGUGAUUGUUGGCUGCUGUCCGUCGCAUUCUAUUUUGGUGCUCGCCUUAAUUGCAAUGAGAGGAAGCGCUUGUUUAGCAUGAUGAACGAUCUUCCCACUGUCUUUGAAGUUGUAAGUGGAAGGAAGCCUGUGAAAGAAAAGCCCACACCGGAGAGUGGAAGCAAAUCACAGAACAACACAAAAAGAUCAAUCGAUGGACAACCAACAAGCAAUCCUAAGUUAGCCGACGAAAGUUAUGAGGACGGUGAAGAAGAGCAGGGUGAUACCUUUUGUGGGAGCUGUGGUGGAGGAUACAAUUCAGACGAGUUUUGGAUCGGUUGCGACAAUUGUGAACGGUGGUACCACGGAAAGUGUGUGAAGAUAACACUGGCCAAGGCCGAAACGAUUAAGGUUUACAAAUGUCCAUCGAUCCAAAAGAAGGCCAGGCACUAGCAGCUGAUGUUUGAUGGUAAAAUCUUCAGGUUGUUGCAACCCCAAUAUUUAGAUUCUUUUAAGUUACAUGAAUGACAUGUAGUGGCAUACAAAAAUGGAUUAUGUAUUAGGGGCUUUGUGUAGAUCAAUACAUUCUUAACUCCUUGUCUCCCAUUUCUUUAAGUUUCGGAUACUUAGGAUGAUGCAUAAAUCAUAAACGGUUUCUAA